GGAACAUCUUAAGACUGUAAAGAACGACUGAUUGAACAACUUAAGCUAAGCUAAUGAAGGUUCAUCAGUGGGCCGUCAAUCAUCUAUCUGACAAGCCCAUUACUUGGUGAAUGCAGAUAUGGACAAAACAGCAGACGGAUACUGGUCCACUGUGGUGUAGUAAUGUAGUUUAAACAAAGCCCAUUACUUGGUGAUGCAGAAGUGGACAAGUCUCUAAUCUCUUAUUGUUAAGUGGACGUCACUAACACCAAUUUACUUUGUGAGGGAGAGAGACACAGACAGAAUUGCUUGUUGUGUCAUUGUGUGUGACUCGCACUCAAAAGGUAAGGUAACUUACGAUUGUAUCAGAAGCAGUGAUGAUUGAUGAAGCCCGCCCGAGUCCCUUCAUUGAUUCCAAUUCAAUGGUUGCUGUAGUGGCAGCAUGCCAGCAUCUGACGAGAGAAAUAUGAUUACUGAAUAGCAUAUUAGCAUUCUCCGGGCCCCAAUGAAAAAUAAAAUAAAAACGGAAGAUGGUACUACUACUAGUAGAUAAAACAAAUUAAGAGAGAAAAGAAAAAAGAGAAUUGAAAAGACAGAAGACAAAUGGAUCACGAAUUCACACGACCACAUGUCGCGACAAAACCAUUGGUCCAUUUUCAUUCAUCCAUCUCUCUCUCUCCAACUCUAUAACCCAUUCUUCUCUUCUCAAUCCACCACGUCACUCAAUCAAUCACAGUGAGUCAUGACUCACCUCACCUGAUUCUUCCCGGGCCUCUCGGCUCUCUCCUAUGCGCGAGCGCGUCUCAUCGUCUUUCUCUCUCAGAGAGUCAGAGUCGAAUCCACAUCCACCACCUGAAAAUGGCCAUCUUCGACGACCUACCGGACGCCAUACUAUCCAUCAUCUUCACCCUGGUGGUCGACACUCGGACUCGCAACGCCAUGUCUCUGGUUUGUGGGAAAUGGCUUGUGCUGGAGCGCUCCACCCGCACCUCCAUCACCCUCCGUGGCAACGUCCGCCACCUCUUUGACAUCCCCACCUGCUUCAGGGCCGUCACCCAACUCGACCUCUCCCUGCUUUCUCCAUGGGGCCAAUCCAUCUUUGACUCAUCUCCUCACCCCAUCUCCCUCGCCCAUUACCUCCGCCGGGCCUUCCCUAAUGUCAUCUCCCUCACUCUCUACGCCCGCACCCCUUCCAUCCUUCGCCUCCUUGCCCCUCAAUGGCCCUCUCUCCGACACGUCAAGCUCGUUCGCUGGCAUCCGCGCUCCGCUAACAUUCCACCCGGAUCAGAUUUCCUUCAUUUGUUCCACCACUGUCCUUCUCUCUCCUCUCUCGAUCUCUCCCACUUCUACUGCUGGACCGAUGACCUCCCUCCCGCCCUUCAGGCCCACCCUCUCGUCGCCGCUUCCCUCUCCCGCCUCAACCUCCUCAUCCUCUCCUCCGACGGUUUCAAGUCCCACCAACUUCUCGCCAUCACCUCCGCCUGCCCCAACCUCACCCACCUUCUCGCCACCUGUGUCUUCCACCCAAGGUUCAAUGAUUUCGUCGGGGACAAAACCUUGAUCGCUGUUGCUUUACACUGCCCCCGCCUCUCUCUCCUUCACCUCGCUGAUCCGUCCUCUCUCUCCACUGCACGUGGCGAUCCGGACCAUGAUGGGUUCACCUCCGACGACGCGAUGAUCAACCGAACAGCUCUUGAGAACCUAUUUUCUGCCCUUCCCUUGCUCGAAGAAUUGACCCUUGACAUUUGCCACAAUGUCAUGGACACUGGUCCGGCAUUGGAGGUACUGAAUUCGAAGUGCCCGGGGCUGAAAUCACUGAAGUUGGGACAGUUCCAUGGUAUCUGCAAGGCUAUUGAUUCACAACUAGACGGCAUUGCACUCUGCAGGUUGCUGGAGUCUCUGUCCAUCAAGAACACCGGUGACCUGACUGAUUCUGGCUUGAUAGCAAUAUCCCGUGGCUGUCAAAGGCUAGCCAGGUUUGAGGUUCAAGGAUGCAAGAGCAUCACAGAGACCGGGGUGAGGACAUUUGCUUGCUUGCUCCGGCAGACGCUGGUGGAUGUAAGUAUCUCCUGCUGCAAGAACCUUGACGCUACCUCAUCACUGCGAGCUCUGGAACCUAUCCGGGACAGGAUCCAACGACUGCAUAUUGAUUGUGUCUGGGACAGCCUCCACCAGUCUGAGAUCACUGGCGACGGGGCCAUCUGCCAACAUGGUUUUGAACCCAACGAAUCCAGGGAGGAUGCCAGCACAUCGGAUCGGCCUGCUGAAUUCAUGAUCUUCCUGGGUGAUGAUGGUAGCAAGAAGAAAAGAUGCAAAUAUUCCGGUGAAGUGGAUUACUCUCGUGUUCAAAUCAAAGGCAUUAAUUGCAGCAGGUUCUGGAGGAAAACUUGGGACCGGCUGCGAUAUCUCUCCCUCUGGAUUGCCGUUGGCGAGCUGCUGAACCCUUUAGCUUCGUCUGGAUUGGACAAUUGCCCUGUUCUGGAGGAGAUCAGGAUUAGGGUGGAAGGCGACUGCAGGAUGGGGCCAAAACCAACAGAACAACCAUUUGGAUUGAGCUCCCUUGCACGGUAUCCCAGGCUUUCAAAGAUGCAGCUAGACUGUGGAGAUGCAAUAGGUUAUGCAUUAACAGCUCCAACCGGACACAUGGAUCUGAGCUUGUGGGAGAGGGUUUACCUGAUGGGAAUUGAGAAUCUGAAGUUAACUGAGCUCGACUACUGGCCACCACAGGACAGGGAUGUUAACCAGAGGAGCCUCUCUCUCCCUGCUGCUGGCUUGCUUGCGCAAUGUACCAGGUUAAGGAAGCUGUUUAUCCAUGGGACUGCUUACGAACACUUCAUGAUGUUUUUUCUGGGAAUACCAAACCUUAGGGAUGUGCAGCUGAGAGAAGACUACUAUCCAGCACCAGAAAACGAUAUGAGCACAGAGAUGAGGGUAGAUUCGUGCAGCCGAUUUGAGCAGGCACUGAAUAAGCGCCAAAUCGGUGAUUGAGAAAGCUGGAAAUUUUGCUUUGCUUUUGUUGUGCAAGGCAGUGUGUAUAAAGAUUGCCAAAAGGUUCUAGGCUUUGAAAUAACUUUUCUUAGGAAGAUAAUUAACAAUCCGGUGAACUGAAACCCUCAUCCUCAAGUUACAGACAAGGGGGAUAAUUUCCAGUUAUUACUUUGACAUGUAUUCAAGCUUGACAUUUUCUCGGUUGAUUGGCAUUCAAGAUUCAACAUACUCUCGGAGAGAUGGAGAAAAUGGUGUGAAACUCUACGAUGGUCAAUUAUUUGUUUUUGAAACAAUAUAAGGAAAACAGGCUAAUUUACAACUUAA